AUGAACAAUAAAGUUGGAAAAGCACGACAUCGAGAAGCUAGAGGAGCAUUAGAAUAUCGUGUCGUUAAUGAUAACGCCCGUCGAGAUGAAUAUUUUCAGUGGAAAUUAUACUUUUUACUGGCAUUUAUAUUAUUAUCAACAAUAUUCAUCACACUUUAUAUUGUGCCGAUGAUAAUUUAUGAUAAAUCAAGUGAGGCGCCAAUAAAAAAGAAUGAGUUAUCGGAAUAUUUUCUGGAACUGACGCAUCGAAUUAAUUCAGAAGCAAGUUGGAAGGCAGAAUACAACGCAAAUGCAUUUAAUCAAAAGCAGCUAAAAGAAUCGGGAACACAAAUACGACAAGCGGAAAAUUAUUCGUCCACUAUGUAUGAAGAGGAUUAUUUAAAGAAUUAUGCUGAAACUUUCCGAUCUCGGAAAAAUUAUAAAUUAAUGCACGACAUGUUAACGAAAGUUCAAAUACCUCUAUCAGCCAUGAAAAAGUUCGACUGCAGAGGACAUUGGCCGAUAUGUAGUUCAGCAAUUGGGAAAAUAUAUGAUCAAGGCGCAUGUUGGUUAUAUUGGUUAUAUACUACGGUAUCGACAACUGAAGAUCGCUUAUGUAUUUCAUCAAAUGGCAAGAGCCAUAUAAAACUGUCAAAAUUUCAUAUAUUAGCAUGUUGUAAGCAUUGCGGAAAUUGCAAAGGUGGCGAUCCUGAAGAAGUAUACAUGCACUGGAUUAAGUAUGGUGUUACAAGCGAGUUAUGUCAGCCAUCAAAUAAUUUACUAUCACUUAUUGAUAAAAGUUGUGGACAACCAUGUGCUUUAUCACUAACUAAAAAAGCUGAUCGAACGAUACGAAAGAAUAUUAAUUCAUGUUUUAGCGAUUGUUUUAAUCCAGAACAUAAAUAUCUUGAUGUAUACGAUCGUAAACAAGAUAAUGUUCAUUAUGGCUUAUACGUAAAUUUGAUUGAGAGGUCAGUUAUUAGUGAUCGAAGGCCUAAACAAUGGUACCGAGGAGAAACUAUUCACCGCCAAUUAACAAUUGACAAUAUAAGAUGGCUGGAUCUUGUUAAGAAGGAAAUUUAUCUACGUGGCCCUAUUUCUGUUGAUCUUCUAGUGUACGAAGAUUUUUUGUUGUACAAAUCAGGAAUUUAUGAUCCAAUAUCGCAAUCGUCAGAAAACGAAUUGUUCCGUUAUCACGUGAAGAUAAUUGGAUGGGAAUUAGUUAAUAACGAAACCGUAUUCCUAGGUGUUAAUACUUGGGGAACUUCUUGGGGUGAAAAAGGUUAG